AUGGAUCCAGGAAACCAAACCACUAUUUCAGAAUUUCUCCUCCUGGGACUCUCAGAAGAGGCAGUACUACAGCCUUUCCUCUAUUGGCUGUUCCUGUCCAUGUACCUGGUCACCUUUAUUGGAAACCUGCUCAUCAUCCUGGCCAUUAUCAAAGAUUCCCUCUUGCAUACCCCCAUGUACUUCUUCCUCUCCAACCUGUCCUUGGUAGACAUUUGUUUCACCUCUACCACCGUCCCAAAGAUGCUGGUGAACAUCCAGACACAGAGCAAGGUCAUCACCUAUGCAGGCUGCAUCACCCAGAUGUACUUUUUUAUGCUUUUGGGACUAUUAGACAACUUCCUCUUGACAGUGAUGGCCUAUGACCGGUUUGUGGCCAUCUGUCACCCGCUGCACUACACAGUCAUCAUGAACCCCAAGUUCUGUGGAACUCUGCUUCUGGUAUCCUGGGUACUGAGUGCUCUGAAUUCUCUGUUACAUGGGUUACUAAUUUUGCGACUCUCUUUUUGUGCAAAGUCGGAAAUCCCUCACUUUUUCUGUGAACUUAAUCAGGUGAUCCAACUGGCUUGUUCGGACACGUUCCUCAAUGACUUAGCGAUAUACUUGACAACGGGACUUCUGGAUGUUAUUCCACUCGCUGGUAUCCUUUUCUCUUACUCUAAGAUAGUAUCCUCUAUUUUGAGAAUUUCAUCAGCUGGGGGCAGGUCUAAAGCAUUUUCCACGUGUGGGUCUCACCUCGCGGUGGUCUCCUUGUUCUAUGGCACAUGCCUUGGCGUGUAUCUUUGCUCAGCUGUUACCCAGAACUCCAGGGCAAGCGCGAUAGCUUCGGUGAUGUACACUGUGGUCACCCCCAUGCUAAACCCCUUCAUCUACAGUCUGCGGAACAAGGACAUGAAGCAGGCUCUAAGAAAACUCUUUGGGAAAAGCAGGUCUCUACACGAUCAAGUUCUUUGUCUCAGGAUUGAAAACGUGCUCACAAAUCCCAGGACUCCAAGCUCUGGACUCUCCAAAUCCUAA